AUGUGGGGCAUGAAGCCUACUGAGACGGCGCAAAGUGGCCGCAUCGUCAAGAUGGGAAUCAUAGGAUGCGGCUUGGUCACACAAGUCGUCCACGUGCCAUGCAUGAACUCGUUAUCCCACCUCUUCCAGGUCACGUACCUCUACGAUGUCUCUGAGGAUGCCAUGAAACACAGCCUGGAAAAGCUCGCAGGCAACUCGAGACCCAAGACUACCAGAAACGUCGAGGAACUAUGCAACGCGCCUGAAGUCGACUUGGUGCUGGUAGCAAGCAAUCACGCUUUCCACGCAUCCCAAGCGGUACUUGCGCUGCAAGCCAACAAGCACGUCUUCAUUGAGAAGCCCAUUGCCUUGACCUUGCAAGACACGGACCGCAUCAUCGCUGCGGAUAAGGCCGCAGGCGGUGGCAGAACUAUGGUCGGUUACAUGAGGAGAUAUGCCGCGGCUUUUGUUGACGCGGUGAAAGAGGUCGGCAGCAUUGAACAAGUACGUUACGCUCGCGUUCGAGACAUCAUCGGACCGAACUCGGUCUUCGUGGGACAAUCCGGCACGUUCCCAAGGACUUUCAACGAUUACCGAGACGAAGAUUCCGAAGCGCUGCGGAAGAAAACGACUGAAGACAUAGAGCAAGCUCUUCAGACCGAGCUUGGAGUCGCCGUCACACCAGAGACGGAUAUGAUGUGGCACACGCUUUCUAUGCUCGGCUCGCACGAUUUGAGCGCCAUGCGGGAGAUCCUGGGCAUGCCAAAAGGUGUCAUAGGAUUCUCGCCCUGUGCCACUACCGGCUCGCCGUUCUGGAGUGCAAUAUUUCAAUACCCCAACUUCGCCGUCGCAUACGAGUCUGGUGUCGACCAGGUGGCACGCUUCGACGCAUCGAUAGAGGUCUUUGGCGACAAAAAGACUGUAAAAGUGUGCAUAGAUACCCCGUUCGUCAGGGGCUUGCCGACGACGAUGGUCGUCAAGGAGACCCUACCGGACGGAUCGUACCGGGAGUCCACAAUCCGGCGGACAUACGAAGAUCCAUUUCUGCUCGAGCUACAGGAGGCGUACAAAUGGGUCACGGAGGGAAAGGUCCCCAAGACAACCCCAGCCGAUGCUCGACAAGAUCUCGAGAUCUUGGGAAUGCUUAUGAAAGCUAUUGCGGCAUGA